GCAGGCGCGCAGGAGGCGCCGGGCGCUAUGAGGGGCUGAGGGCCGGGCCUGGGACGAAGUUUGGCCUCAGCUCGAGUCUUGGGCUAAAUCCUGGGGAACAAUUGAAAUGGCGUCCGUAAAACCAGGAAAAUCUUCUUUUCUUGUGCCGUUCUCGGAUCUGCUUCGGGAGUAAUUUUCCGUGCGAGUUUGGGACCUGGAGUGGGGUAAAAAUGCCCGAGAUCAAAGUCACUCCCUUGGGAGCUGGGCAGGACGUGGGCAGGAGCUGCAUCCUGGUGUCCAUUGCUGGCAAGAACGUGAUGCUGGACUGUGGGAUGCACAUGGGCUACAACGAUGAUAGACGUUUCCCUGACUUCUCCUACAUCACCCAGAACGGAAGGCUGACAGAUUUCCUGGACUGUGUCAUCAUCAGCCACUUCCACCUGGACCACUGUGGGGCUCUGCCCUAUUUCAGUGAGAUGGUUGGGUAUGAUGGCCCCAUUUACAUGACCCACCCCACCAAGGCCAUCUGCCCCAUCCUGCUGGAGGAUUACAGAAAAAUCACAGUGGACAAAAAAGGAGAAACCAACUUCUUCACCUCCCAGAUGAUCAAAGACUGCAUGAAGAAGGUGGUGGCUGUGCACCUCCACCAGACUGUGCAGGUGGAUGAGGAGCUGGAGAUCAAGGCUUACUAUGCAGGGCACGUGCUGGGAGCUGCCAUGUUCCAGAUCAGGGUGGGCUGUGAGUCUGUGCUGUACACGGGUGAUUAUAACAUGACACCAGACAGACACUUGGGGGCUGCCUGGGUUGACAAGUGCCGCCCUGACCUGCUGAUCACCGAGUCCACCUACGCCACGACCAUCAGGGACUCCAAGCGCUGCAGGGAGAGGGAUUUCCUCAAGAAAGUGCAUGAGACUGUGGAGAGGGGAGGCAAGGUUCUCAUCCCAGUUUUUGCCCUUGGACGUGCCCAGGAACUUUGUAUUUUAUUGGAAACUUUCUGGGAAAGGAUGAACCUGAAAGCUCCAAUUUAUUUUUCCACGGGGCUGACAGAGAAAGCAAAUCAUUAUUACAAACUCUUCAUCACCUGGACCAACCAGAAAAUCAGGAAAACUUUUGUGCAGAGGAACAUGUUUGAGUUCAAACACAUCAAAGCUUUUGACAGAGCCUUUGCAGACAACCCAGGGCCCAUGGUGGUGUUUGCAACCCCUGGAAUGCUCCAUGCAGGACAGUCCCUCCAAAUCUUCAGGAAAUGGGCAGGGAAUGAGAAAAACAUGGUGAUCAUGCCUGGCUACUGUGUGCAGGGAACUGUGGGCCACAAAAUCCUCAGUGGGCAGAGGAAGCUGGAGAUGGAAGGAAGACAAAUUCUGGAGGUGAAGAUGCAGGUGGAGUACAUGUCCUUCAGUGCCCACGCUGAUGCCAAGGGCAUCAUGCAGCUGAUCCGGCAGGCGGAGCCCAGGAACGUGCUGCUGGUGCACGGGGAGGCCAAGAAAAUGGAAUUCCUCAAGCAGAAAAUCGAGCAGGAGUUCAAUGUCAGCUGCUUCAUGCCAGCCAAUGGAGAGACCACCACCAUCCUCACCAACCCCUGCAUCCCUGUGGACAUCUCCCUGGGCCUCCUCAAGAGGGAAACUGCCAUAGGUGCUGCCCCAGAUGCCAAGAGGCCGAAGCUGAUGCACGGCUCGUUGCUGAUGAAGGACAAUAGUUUCAGGCUGGUUUCCCCUGAGCAGGCUCUGAAGGAGCUGGGGCUGGCAGAGCACCAGCUGCGCUUCACCUGCCGCGUGCACAUCCAGGACCCGCGCAAGGAGCACGAGACGGGGCUCAGGGUCUACAACCACCUCAAGGGGAUCCUGAAGGAUUACUCGGUGCAGCACCUCCCCGACGGCUCCAUCACCGUGGAGUCCAUCCUGAUCCAGGCCACGGCGCACCACGAGGAGCAGGGCACCAAGGUGCUGCUGGUCUCCUGGACUUACCAGGAUGAAGAGCUGGGCAGUUUUCUCACCUCCCUGCUGAAGAAGGGGCUGCCCCAGGGCCCCCCCUGAGAGCACACCCAGCCCAGGGGCAGCUUCUAGUUUGUUGGUUUUUUUGCUUUUAUUUUGGUUUUUUUUGUUCUUUUAUUUUGGUUUUUUUUUUGCUUUAAUUUUGGUUUUAUUUUGCUUUUAUUUUGGUUUUUUUUUACUUUUAUUUUAGUUUUAUUUUGGGUUUUUUUGCUUUUAUUUUGCUUUAAUUUUGCUUUUAUUUUGCUUUAAUUUUGCUUUUAUUUUGGUUUUUUUUUGCUUUAAUUUUGCUUUUAUUUUGCUUUUUUUUUGCUUUUUUUUUGCUUUUAUUUUACUUUUUUUUUUGCUUUAAUUUUGCUUUUAUUUUGCUUUUAUUUUGGUUUUUUUUUUUGCUUUUAUUUUGGUUUUUAUUUUGCUUUUAGUUUUAUUUUUGUUUUAUUUUGCUUUUUUUUUGCUUUUAUUUUGCUUUUAAUUUGCUUUUAUUUUAGUUUUAUUUUGCUUUUAUUUUGCUUUUAUUUUGCUUUAAUUUUGCUUUUAUUUUGGGAUUGUUUUUUGCUUUUAUUUUGGUUUUUUUUUGCUUUUAUUUCGCUUUUUUUUUGCUUUAAUUUUGCUUUUAUUUUAGUUUUAUUUUGCUUUUAUUUUGUUUAUUUUGUUUUUAUUUUGCUUUUAUUUUAGUUUUAUUUUGCUUUUAUUUUAUUUUGUUUUUAUUUUGCUUUUAUUUUAGUUUUAUUUUGCUUUUUUUUUGCUUUAAUUUUGCUUUUAUUUUGCUUUUAUUUUGCUUUUAUUUUAGUUUUUUUUGCUUUUAUUUUAGUUUUAUUUUGCUUUUAUUUUGUUUAUUUUGUUUUUAUUUUGCUUUUAUUUUAGUUUUAUUUUGCUUUUAUUUUGGUUUUUUUUUGCUUUUAUUUUGCUUUUAUUUUGGUUUUUUUUUGCUUUUAUUUUGCUUUUAUUUUAGUUUUAUUUUGUUUUUAUUUUGCUUUUAGUUUUAUUUUGCUUUUAUUUUGUUUAUUUUGUUUUAUUUUGGUUUUAUUUUGCUUUUAUUUUACUUUUAUUUUACUUUUAUUUUGCUUUUAUUUUGGGUUUUAUUUGCUUUUAUUUUGUUUUUUUUGCUUUAAUUUUGCUUUUAUUUUAGUUUUAUUUUAUUUACACUGUCAAUGCUUUUUUCUACUCAGUUUUAAUAAAAAAAAAUUCCAAUAUUUCUCCAAUUCCUGCAGCAAAAAAAAUUUUCCCUUGGAAAAUCCUGUCCAGGAAAUCAAGAACCUGUUUGGAAACAGAGCUGAGGAUAAAUUUUGUGUUUUUAUACAUUAAAAUAAAAAUUAUUCAGUGUUCUGCCUGAAAUAAUUAAAAUUCAAAGUAUAAAAGCAGCAAAAUUGAUUUAAUUCCCCUUCAUUCCUUCAGAGCCAAGGAGAUUCCAACUCGUAUUUUUAUUCCACUCAAAAUACAAAAAAAAAACCCAAAAAAUCCACCCCCAAAAAUAGAAAAAUCCCACAAAAAAGACAAAAAUUCCACCCAAAAAUCCACCCCAAAAAUCCAAAAAUCUUCCAAUAAAAUAUAAAAAUCCCACCCAAAAUACAAAAAUCCAUCC